CCCCAGAACCCAAAAUUUUGGAAUAGCCCCUAGGGUUGCCUCAAACGUCUGUGGAGGUGGAGGCCAAAUAGGUGGGGUGACAUGGAGCAAGGCGUUCAUAAUUUAGCAGAUGAGGGGUGGGGGUAGUGGAAGCAGAGAAGCUUUUCUUGGAGCUGCUCUCCCCGCUCCCUUCCAGCAGGCUGGACGGAUCCGGCUACCCUGCCCAAGUGGAACCUGGAUGUCGGGGACGCCGGCCGUUCUCCCUCCGGGCCUCCAGGGGCGCCGUAGCGCCGCCCUCCCGACAGCCCUCGCGCAGGCGCGCGUCUUUAAGCAACGGAAGAAGCACUGGGUGCGGCUGGGCGUUGGGCGGAAGCGGUUUGCACGCCAGGAGCCGCCAUGCCUGGGGACCACCGCCGCAUCCGCGGCCCUGAAGAAUCGCAGUCGCCGCAGCUGUACGCGGCCGACAAGGAGGAGGAGGCCCCCGCCGCCCGCGACCCAACGCGGCUGCGGCCCGUGUACGCGCGCGCCGGGCUGCUGAGCCAGGCCAAGGGCUCGGCCUACCUGGAGGCGGGAGGUACUAAGGUGCUGUGUGCCGUGUCGGGCCCGCGACAGGCCGAGGGCGGCGAGCGCGGCGGCGGCCCGGCCGGAGCAGGCGGCGAGGCCCCGGCCGCGCUGCGCGGUCGCCUGCUCUGCGACUUCCGCCGCGCGCCCUUCGCGGGCCGCCGGCGCCGCGCUCCCCCGGGCGGCUGCGAGGAGCGUGAGCUGGCGCUAGCGCUGCAGGAGGCGCUGGAGCCGGCUGUGCGCCUGGGCCGCUACCCGCGCGCGCAGCUGGAGGUGUCGGCGCUGCUGCUGGAGGACGGUGGCUCGGCCCUGGCCGCGGCGCUCACCGCCGCCGCGCUCGCCUUGGCUGACGCGGGCGUGGAGAUGUACGACCUGGUGGUGGGCUGCGGCCUGAGCCUCGCGCCUGGGCCCGCGCCCACCUGGUUGCUGGACCCCACGCGGCUGGAGGAAGAGCGCGCCGCCGCCGGCCUCACCGUGGCGCUCAUGCCCGUGCUGAAUCAGGUGGCUGGGCUGCUGGGCAGCGGCGAGGGCGGCCUGACCGAGAGCUGGGCGGAGGCCGUACGCCUGGGCCUCGAGGGCUGCCAGCGCCUCUACCCCGUGCUGCAGCAGAGUCUGGUGCGGGCCGCCCGCCGCAGGGGCGCCGCCGCCCAGCCCUGAACCAGAAGCCUGAGCAACGACGGACGAAAGCCGAGGACUGUGCUGCCGCCGUUCCCGAAAAGACCCGCGCCAUCGGCCUCCAGUCUGCGUCGAGAUAAGCAGCCGGAGCCCCGGAGAGCACCUGGGGAGGCUCGAGCAGGGCCAAGGCGCCGGACAGCUGUGGUGGUGGAAGGGCUUUUUACAAAUCUCAUUAAAGGAACUUGAGCCGGCUCUCAGCUGCGACCCAGUUGAGGAAACCUGUGAGCGCAUCCUGACUCCCAAGUUGGAAACGACUUUAGCUGGACUUACCUGGAAGCUGGUACCUGGAGCUACUAUCAUUCAGGCCAGCCAGUGACUCCUUCCGAUAUAAUUGGGCGACUUUUGAGAGAAUGGACAAGAAGACUGUGCCUUCUCACUACUGUGUCUGAGCCAAAAGAAAGACCCUUUUAUAUCUGAAAAACGUCUUCUGGUCUUGUUCUUCUUGGUCCAGGAUUUAAAAGAGCAAGGCUCCUUUGUUCUUGCAUUCCAGGUGUCGAGGGGUCGCGACGGCGCUGCCUUAAAUGGGUUCUGUUCCUUAGGCCAACGUGAGCAGGAGAGACGGCUGAAAAGAGCUGCAGAGCUUGAUGGGAGUGCUGUGAUUUGGAGAAGCAGCUGCCCCCACACGAACCAGAGUCAGGGCAACUGCUGAGAUGGGACAAGAGGAGGGAGAGUUGGCCGGGCGCGGUGGCUCACGCCUGCAGUCCCAGCACUUUGGGAGGCCAAGGCGGGAGGAUCACCUAAGGUCGGAAGUUCGAGACCAGCCUGACCAACAUGGAGAAACCCCAUCUCUACUAAAAAUACAAAAGGCGAGGUGGCACACGCCUGUAAUCCUAGCUACUCGGGAGGCUGAGGGAGGAGAAUCGCUUGAACCCGGGAGGUGGAGGUUGCGCUGAGCGGAGAUCGCGCCGUUGCACUCCAGCCUGGGCAACAGGAGCAAGACUCCCUCUCGGCGCGGGGGGGGGAGUAUGGCCCCAGAAGGGCGCUGAGUGCACCUCAGGCCUCAACCUGUUUUGGUGUUGGGUAGCUGAAAAGGGUUUUGCUCUGGGUAGAAGCGAGAUCUGUCCUUGGCCAUGUGCAGAGCGGCACAACCCGAGCCUCCACUGUGGGUGAGAAGUGGGGUCCCUGGCCGUCUUCAUCAGGUGGUGCCCUGGUCCUACAAGGAAGACCCUGAUCAGCACCGUAGAGGGCAGGUACACUGCCAGGAAAGCCAGGUACAGCCUGACUGACUCACCACCAGCGUUGGGUCUUUCCUGUGUGGCUCCUAGCUCUGCUGGUUUGGGCUCAAGACUGCAGUGGAGGAAGCCAGGUGAACUGCCGUUUGGAAGGCAGGGCAGCCAGGUCCCCUCUCUGCACUUGGCUUGGUGCGUUCAAGGGUGGGCUCAGCUUCUGUAGGAAGGGCCAGCCUGGGGCAGUCUAAGGACAAGAAUGAGUUUUGGGGGCCACACCGAGAACCCCUGACCAGGAAAAAGAAAUACAAAUUUUAUUUUUUCCCUUCUGA